AUGAAUAAAUCAAAAAGCCCUAAUUAGAGAGACAUUUAAAAUGAUAAUAGUAAAGUGAGAAUAGCAGUAAGAGUAAGACCAACAUUGAAUAGUGAAAGUGAAGAAGACUUUGUAUAAUUAAUUGAUGAUAAUACAAUAAAAGUGACUCGAAUUGGAAAUAGUGUUAGAAUGAAAUUUAGUGACAUACUUCCAAAAACAGCAAAUUAAUAAGAUGUUUAACGAUUAGUUUCUGAAUCAAUAAAAUCUUUUAUUUAAGGAAUAAAUAAUACUAUAUUUGCUUAUGGAUAAACAGGUGCUGGUAAAACAUAUACUAUAAUGGGUGGAUUACCUGAGAAUGUAGCAAAUGUAUCAACUGAAAAGUUUCAUUAAGUUAUAAGAUGUAAUGAGAGAGGAAUUCUACCUAGAGCAGUAUAAUCAUUAAUUUCUUAACUAUAAACUUAGAUUGAAGAUGAUUAAUGUCGACUUUAUUUAUCAUUCUAUGAAAUAUAUAAUGAGAAAGUACUUAUCUAUAAUUAUCUAAAAGAUAUUUGAUCUAUUUAAUCUAAAAUCUUAAGGUUUAGAUAUUCGAGAAAAUAAAAAUGGUGAUGUAAAUAUACCAGAUUUAUCUUAAAUAAGAAUAAUGGAUAUAGAUACUGCUUAUGAAUAUUUAAUAUUAGGAUUAAGAAAUAGAGUAGUUGGAUGUAGUCAUGCUAAUUCAAAGAGUUCUAGAUCUCAUUGUUGUUUUUAAAUGACAUUAUAAUAAGUAACUGUAAUAAAUGGAGAGCCUGUAUUGUAAGAAUCUUCACUUAAAAUUGUUGAUUUAGCUGGAUCUGAAAAGUUUAAAAUACCAACUGAUUUAACACCUGAAGAAAAAGAACUUCAUAUUUAAGAAUUAACAUCAAUUAAUGGAAGUUUAUCUUGUUUAGGUCAUUGCAUAUCUGCAUUAAUAGAUAGAAAUAGAACACAUAUUCCAUUUAGAAAUUCUAAAUUAACACGUGUUUUAAGUGAUUCAUUAAGUGGUAGUGGUAAAAUAUUAUUCAUUGUUUGUGUUUCACCUUCUAUUUCUUCUAGUGCUGAAACAUUCUCUACACUUUAAUUUGCUAAUAGAGCUAAAAGAGCUGUAUUAGAUGGUAGAAAUAUAUAAUAACCAAAAACUAAUAAACCUAAAGGAGUUUCUUUUGAAGAAUAUUAAGAAUUAUUAAAAUAAUAUUAAAAAGAAAAAUAAAUGAGGGAAGAACUUGAACUUAUUGUUUAAAAAAGAAAUCAAGGAGAACUUCUAUAAUAAAUUAAUAAAUUAAAAUAAUAAAAUUAAGAACUUUAAGAAUAACUUUAUUAAGUGUAAUAAUAAUAAAAUUAAUAGUAAUAAUAAUAAUAAUAACAAUAAUAAUAACAAUAAAAUUAAUAGUAAUAAUAAUAAACUCAAAAUAUUCAUUAUUAAUAAUAAUAAUAAUAUUCUCCCUUGUUUUCAGAUAAUAAAAAAUCACUUGCUCUUAAUUCUAAUGACAAAAAGGUGAGAUUUGCUGAUGAUUUUUUAACUGCACAUAUUAACAAUAUGGAAAGCGAGGAUAGUCAAGUUUUUGAAAAUCUAGCCAUAUUCUAAGAAUUAAAGUAAUUAGAAAAUAAAGAUAAAAAAAAAAUUAUUGUAAUUAUUUAAUAAUUACUUCUAGAAUUUUGAAGAAAAAUUUAAAAGCUAUUUUGGAUAGUCCGAAUAUUAAACUAAUGAUUUAGCUUAAUUUAAUACGGGAAAAUAAUUUGGUAAUUCAUAAAUAUAAUAUUCAUAGAUUCAAUUAUAAGAAAAGUUAAUGACAAACAGAAUAACAUUUCUAAUAUAGUUUAAGAUCUUAAAAAAGAAAUGUCUAAAGCUGUUAAUCAACUUGAAUAGUUAUAAAGUAUUUAUUUUCUUAUUCAAUUAGAGGAAGACAGAGAACUGAAGAGUGCUGACUCUUGUAAAGAAAAGUAAGUUUAUUUGUCCUAUUUUUAGUUUCAUUUAAUACUGA